CUCUCUUGUCCUUCCGGGACAGUUGAACCGCCAUGUUUCCAGAUUGACAGUCGGCGCUUCUUUGUCACUGUUUGAAGACCACUUGUGUGACUUUAUGAAGAACUUGCAAUCUAAUUAAUGAGACGAAAUGGACAGGUCUGAAUCGUCUCAAAAGAUAUAUGGCAUAACAUCGCCAAUAAGUCUGCAGGGCCCUAAACCAGAAGACCUAGUCUACACUGAGCAGCUAGUGGAAGCCCUCAAGCCACACGGUGUCUUUGAAAAUGAGGAGGAACUCAACCAUAGAAUGGUUGUAUUGUCCAAGUUGGACGGUAUCGUCAAGGACUGGGUGCGAGAGAUGUCUCUGAAGAGGAAUAUUCCACCGAACAUAGCUGAAACUGUGGGAGGUAAAAUCUACACAUUUGGAUCCUACAGACUUGGAGUGCACACAAAAGGUGCUGAUAUUGAUACAUUGUGUGUAGCACCUCGGCAUGUGGAUCGCUCAGACUUCUUUGGCUCCUUCCAGGAAAUAUUACGAGCCAUGCCAGAAGUCAAGGAUCUGCGGGCGGUGGAAGGAGCUUUUGUACCUGUCAUUAAGAUGAUAUUUGAUGGCAUAGAGAUGGAUGUGCUGUUUGCAAGAUUAGCGCUGCAGAUAAUCCCCGAGGACCAGGAUCUUACCGACGACAGCUUGCUGAAAAACCUGGAUCAGAAAUGUGUCCGAAGUCUGAAUGGUUGUAGAGUCACUGACGAGAUUCUGAAUUUAGUACCAAACAAAGAAAACUUCAGGUUAGCUCUGAGAGCAAUCAAACUCUGGGCCAAAAAGCGAGGUAUAUACUCCAAUGCUCUUGGAUUCCUAGGCGGUGUUUCGUGGGCAAUGCUCGUCGCCAGGACAUGCCAGCUCUACCCCAACGCAGCACCCUCAACUAUUGUACACAAAUUCUUUCUCGUUUUCACACAAUGGGUGUGGCCCCAACCAGUAUUACUGAAGCAACCCAAGCCAAUGACGGACCUAACCUUUCCUGUUUGGGAUCCCAGGGUAAAUGUUUCAGACAGAUUUCAUCUGAUGCCUAUUAUCACCCCGGCCUACCCUCAACAGAACUCAACCUACAAUGUCACACUGUCCACCAAGUUCAUCAUGGAACAGGAGAUCAAAGGAGGCCUUGCUAUCACGCAAGAGGUUGUUCAAGGCACGGCAGACUGGGACAAGCUCUUUGAACCAAUCAGUUUCUUCCAGAAGUACAGGCAUUUCAUUGUUCUGACAGCGAGUGCUGGGUCAGUAGAGCAUCAUCUGGAAUGGGUUGGUCUGGUUGAAUCUAAGAUCAGGAUUCUGGUUGGGAACCUGGAGAGAAACAGCCACAUCAAGUUGGCUCACGCAAACCCCAAAUCAUUCAAUCCCCAACAGACUGAGGAAAAGACGGACAUUUUUGCCUCGCUGUGGUUUAUUGGUCUGGAUUUCCAGCAGAUGGAUCCCUCCACCAAUGUGGACUUGACCUUUGACAUCCAGAGCUUUGUGGACACUGUGCACCGGCAGGCCGUCGGUAUCGGCAUGCUGAAGGACGGCAUGAAGAUUGAAGCCAAGCAUGUCAAGAGGAAACAGUUGAUUCAGUUCCUGCCCAACACCAUCCUGAAAUUCAAGAAGAAAUCCUUGCAGAACCAAGACUCUCCUAGUAGCACGGUCUCAACGGAGCUUCAGCAGAAGGACAGAAAGGAGCCCACCACGCCGACCCGCAAGACAGGAGCAGCCGGUGCCGUCAUCCAACCGGUACAGAUGACCGAAGAGGAGUUCCUGUAUGGUGCAGCCGACGAGAACCAUUCAGGAAUACAACUAACCAAGUCUGCUAGUAGUCCAGCCCUUGGGAGUGGACAGACUGGACAGGACAGGGUAGAAGUCACUGGGAGUAGUAGCGACACGUGUGUGAGAAGUAGCAACGGUAAUGGGCAGCCAACAGAUACACAACCUUCAGGUGCAUCCACGGAGUCUAGUGAAGCGUCUCAGGAAAACUUAGUUGAAUCUACAAAAGAGAGCAGCCAAGGCGGAAGAAUAAGUCCAUCAACAGAAGGUGUUUCUGUCUUCAAGGAACCCUUGUCACCAGAGUCAUUGCAGACCGCGCAUCCCAACAAAAGCCUCGAGGUAUCGCUAGAUUCUAUAGAUAGUACCAUAGACUCAGGGAGAGGUACUCCAGAUGAAGGAAGCAGCAGUGUUAAGAGACCCUCGUCUCCUGAGCCUUCACCGCUCCAGUCACCGCCUAAGAGGGCCAAGGCUGAUACUGAGCAAGACGAUAGCACGCUGACCACCACAGAGGACCAGUCCGUACAACGAAAUGGCCAAGCUAGUGUCAAGACGGCCACUUUGGAACCAAUGACCAUUGAUAUACGACAGCGUCUACCCAGCGGUGAGUUGCCUGACAUGUCAUCACCUAUGCCUAAACAAGUCACUCUGGUCAAGAAUUCCAUAAAGCUUAACCUCAAGUGAACGUAAAUAUGUUUUUGCUUUCUUCUUUUUUGUCUCCCUCUCUGUUCUAUUCAUAUUAUUUUUUCGGGCAACAAUCUGUGCUUGAUUAGUUUGUAGGUGGGUAGCAAGAUUAAGAUAUAGGGUUCUUGUUGUGCUACAUGUCUUAAAACGUUCUAGUGUUCCUCAGUUAGAUGCCAGAUGUCACAGUGGGAAUGCUUAUGUAUUGUCAAAUGGAACAUUCCAAAUGGAAUGGAACAUUCCAAAUGGAAUGGAAC